AUGCGUUCAACAAGAUCAGUGCGCUCAUCGAGCAUCAACGCUAAAAAGCAUAUCGAACAUAAGAGGCAAAAAAAAGGCAGCAACAUCGAAAUCUUACACAACAACAAAUGGGGUGCCAUUUGCGACGACGAAUGGGAUGCGCUCGAGGGCCGCGUUGUCUGCCAGCAACUGGGCUAUCCUGGUCUUCGACGCGUCACCCACAAUGGAUUUUUCGGUUUAGCGCGACGCCGCUACUGGAUGGAUAACAUGUACUGUGAAGGCGACGAACACGAACUCACCGACUGCCACUUCGAUGGUUGGGGUAUAAACGACUGUGAAGCUAAUGAAGCCGCCGGUGUUGUCUGCAAGAGUCCGCAAGCAGAGCGCACAACGGAGGCACCUUUGCCACAGCACCUGCCAAAAUUCACGCUACCACAUGCCUAUCGUAUCGAAUUGCGGUUACGCGGUGGACGCCGAGCACACGAAGGACGCGUUGAAGUGCGCAUCGAUGAUGGCCGAUGGGGCACGAUAUGCUCGGACGGAUGGUCAUUGUUGGAAGCAAAUGUAGUUUGUCGUCAACUGGGUUUGGGUUUCGCGCGCGACGCGCUUCAAACAGACUAUUUUGGUGGAUUGGACAUUGCGCCGGCGGUACUAAGCGGUACCGAGUGUUAUGGUAAUGAGACUUCGUUGGCACAAUGUCUACAUCACGACCACUUACGACCGGCUGCGGAAUGUCACGGUGAGCGUAAUCAUGUAGCGGUGGCGGUAUGCGAUCAUUUGGCGCCCGAUUUGGUGGUGGACUUCUAUGAACUAGAACGCACGGCGCACUUGGAAGAUCGACCGAUGGCACUGAUGCAGUGCGCGAUGGAGGAGAACUGUGUAGCGAAUGAGGCUUAUGACAUACAGAGAGAUGAUCCUAAUUGGCGUUAUGUGACACGGCGGUUGCUAAAAUUCACUGCGAGUACACUGAAUGCGGGCAACACAGAUUUUCGGCCGUUCAAGGAGAAACACCUGUGGGAGUGGCACAUGUGUCAUAUGCACUAUCACAGCAUGGAGGUAUUUGCCACAUUCGAUGUCUAUGAUCUGAUGGGCAACAAGGUGGCACAAGGACACAAAGCAUCCUUUUGCUUAGAGGAUAAUCAGUGCCUAUCAGGAGUACCAAAGAAAUAUAACUGUGCCAAUUUUGGAGAUCAAGGCAUCUCAGUCAAUUGCUCUGAUAUUUACCUUUACAAUUUGGACUGCCAGUGGGUGGAUAUUUCGGAAUUAGAUACCGGUUCUUAUAUUUUGAAAAUCGCCGUUAAUCCG